AUGGCAGCAGUGACUGGUAGCGUCGUGAACGUGCAAAAUGUGACCCAAUUUGACCAAGUGACUGCCCGGGAUUCGACUUUUGCCGUGAUUUUUUUCUGGGCGGAGUUUCAUGAAGCUUGUCGUCCUAAUGGACAAUUGGAUAUCGUCGUACGACAGCUGGCAAUGCUUCAUCCACGGAUUCGAUUUCUUAAAGUUGCAGCCGAAGAAUUGGCGGAACUUUCAGAACGGUUUCAAAUUGUUGUUGUUCCUACGUUUAUCAUUGCACAAGGUCGUACGAUGGUGGAUAAAUUAGAAGGGGCUAAUGUCGCUGAAUUGGCGAAACGGGUGGAUAUACUGAGCAAGAAAGUUGCAACGAAUACGGUCACUAAUGUAAAUGUUACGACGAACAAGACACCCAAAUCGUUGGACGAGGGACUUGAAGAUCGUCUUAAGAAAUUGAUGAAUGCUUCCUUUGUGAUGCUCUUUAUGAAGGGCACUCCAAUGGAACCAAAAUGUGGCUUUAGUCGACAGAUUGUCACGUUAUUGAACGAUGAAAAGAUUCAAUUUGGAGCUUUUGAUAUUCUCAAGGACAAUGACGUGCGUCAAGGGUUGAAACAAUUGGUUGACUGGCCAACGUUUCCGCAACUUUAUGUAAAUGGUGAACUCAUUGGUGGGCUGGAUAUUGUCAAGGAGAUGAAGUCGGAAGGAUCAAUUGUCGAGCAAUUAGGACUGACGAAGAAGAGGGAAGAAGUAGAAGCGACAUUCCAAGAAAGUCUUUGUGCAUUGAUAAAGUCAGCACCUGUGCUGCUUUUUAUGAAGGGCACACCAUCGGAUCCAAAGUGCGGGUUCAGCAAGAAGACGGUCAAGUUAUUGCAUGACCAUCAGAUCGCCUUCAGCUCGUUUGAUAUUUUGAGUGAUGAGCAGGUUCGUCAGGGUCUUAAAAAGCUCUCGAACUGGCCCACGUACCCGCAGUUGUAUGUCAAGGGCAAACUUGUUGGCGGUUUAGACAUUUUGAAUGAGAUGGCAGAAGACGGUGAUCUGAGUGAGCAGCUCGGCGUGGAGAAAAAAGCCAAGAAGGAGAACAAGUACGAGCAACUGAUCAAUCGGGCGCGCGUGAUGAUCUUCAUCAAAGGAACGCCCAAACAGCCCCAGUGUGGAUUUAGCCGCAAGCUCGUGGAUAUUUUGGACAGCGAAGGCUUCAAGUACGACUACUUUGACAUCCUCACGGACGACAGUGUGCGUCAAGGACUUAAAAAGCACUCGAACUGGCCGACGUUCCCGCAGCUUUACGUGAAAGGUGAACUGAUUGGUGGGCUGGACAUCAUUCAGCAGCUGCAGGAGGACGGUGAACUCACGGAGUUGAAGGAGUAG